AUGUAUCAAACCUUGCGAGAAAUUUUUGCCAACACAAAUCGAGAUGCUUCUGAUUAUGCCAACCUAAAACAGAUUGUGGAAGGCCUGCAGUUGUGCGUCAGUUACAUCAACAACUACACCUGCAUGCGAGCACUGAGCCUCUCUUCCUCAAGAUCCUCUUCCUCGUCACAGACGUCCCUCAGUACCUCCAUAUCCAGUAGUUCUGCAAGCUCUUCCCUUGUCCAUGGUAGCAGUUCCUCUGAAAUCCCCCCACAAUCUUCCAGUGUGACCAGACCAAAUCAGACGACCCCAGAAAACAAUGACGUCUUCCUCCAGCAUGAAUUGCAGAGUAACAGCCGGACGGUAGCUCUUCGGCGGGAAAAGCCUUCAGUGUCGUCUAUUCGUAAUUUGAGAGCCUCUACAAGUUCACAGUCAAAGCCAGGCCGAGCGUCAGUGUUAUCAAACUGUUCAGAGGAUUCAGGCCAGUCUUUAGAUUCUGAAGUUUUGAACAUUCAACAGAAACUACAUUUUCCUCCUGGAAUUCCAAUUUUUCAGUUGAGUCAUGAUGAACGACAUUUUAUUUAUUCUGGAGAAAUGUUCAAGUGGAAUGGUGAAGUCUGGAACAAGUUGCAGUUAAUGCUGUUUUCAGACCUCCUGAUGCAAACAGAGAAAACUUUUGAUGGCAUGCUGACUGUUGUUGAAGCACCAGUAUUUCUUUCUUCUAUUCAAGGGAUUGGAAUGCAGAGAAAGCAUCGUAAGUCUCUUCUCUACAGUUUAUACUUUAGUUUUUUUCUUAACUCAUCUCGCUUUCCUAAUAGAGUUAAGACUGUGCUGUUCUAG